CAUGGCCGGUGGAUCAAAGGGUUUUAUAAUGAUGUUGUCGUCAAAAAAAUUACUUUUAUUUGGAAUAACUACUUUUAGUAAAUUACAGUGCAGAAGUUUAUGUUUAAGUUGUGAAAAAUUUAAUAAUCAAUCGUUAUUGAAUGUCAAGAUCAAUAAUUCACAAAAACGUAUUAUUUCACGAGGUUUUCAUCAAACACAUGCAAAACGACGUAAAGAUUACUAUGAAACCCUUGGCGUCUCAAAAAAUGCAUCAGCUAAAGAAAUCAAAAAGGCUUAUUACCAAUUAGCCAAAAAGUACCACCCAGACACUAACAAAAACGAUCCUGAUGCAAGUAAAAAGUUCCAAGCGGUUUCGGAAGCUUACGAAAUUCUAAGCGAUGAUACGAAACGAAAGGAAUAUGACACAUGGGGUAGUACCUCUGAACAGAUGGGCGGCAUGGGGGGAGCAGGCCCUCAAGGCUUCUCACAGAGUUGGAAGUAUCAAUCGACAAUCGACCCUGAAGAACUAUUUCACAAAAUAUUUGGUGAUGCAGGAUUUAAAACUGGAGGUUUUGAUGACUUUGCUGAAUCCAGUUUUGGAUUUGGUGGUGCAAAAGAAGUAUCUAUGAAACUAACAUUCUCUCAAGCUGCACGAGGAGUUAAUAAAGAUAUUAAUGUCAACAUAGUAGAUACUUGUCAGAAAUGCAGAGGUUCCAGGUGUGAGCCUGGCACAAAGCCUGUCAAAUGUACACAUUGUAACGGAACAGGGAUGGAGACUUUAUCCACAGGGCCUUUUGUUAUCAGAAGUACAUGUAGGUAUUGCAAUGGCACUAGAAUGUUUAUUAAAUAUCCAUGUGUGGAAUGUGAGGGCAAAGGGCAAUCUGUGCAACGUAAAAAAAUUACAGUUCCAGUUCCUGCAGGAGUAGAAGAUGGCCAAACUGUAAGAAUGUCUGUUGGUAAUAAAGAAAUAUUUAUAACUUUCCAGGUUGAAAAAUCUAAUUACUUUCGAAGAGAUGGUGCUGAUGUACAUACUGAGGCUGAAAUAUCAAUUGCACAAGCAGUGUUAGGAGGAACCAUUAAAAUCGAAGGUGUUUAUGAAGACCAAAUUAUCCAAAUCAGCCCAGGCACAUCAUCACAUACACGCAUAAGGCUACCUGGCAAAGGCUUGAAACGAGUGAACACUUAUGGAAAUGGUGAUCAUUAUGUGGUGAUUAAAAUUGGUGUUCCGAAGAAACUUUCUAAGAAACAAAAAGAUUUAUUAGAAUCUUAUGCUCAAAUUGAAGAAAACACUCCUGGGCAAAUAUUUGGAGUGUCUUCAUUUAAAACCAAUACAGAAAAAAAUGAAAGUUCAACAGAGGCUAAGGAGACUAAAGAAACAGUUACUGAAAGGGAAUCAACAUCAGAGGAAAAAACUCCGGAAAGCAAAGCAAAUUGCACAAAAGUAGAAGAUGAGGAGAAGAAACCUGAGGAAGAUCCGAAUGGAAUUAUGUCUAAAUUAAAACGUGCUAUAUUUCACUAACACGUGUAACUACAAAAUUAUAACUCAAGUGAUAUGUACAGAUAUAUAUUAUUGGAGAACUAGUAUCUGUUUUUGAAAGUCUUGACAUAACCAUUAAGCUUUCUUGAGCUAUACUUUAUCUACCAAUAACUAACAAGUAGUUAUAAGUAGAGAACUAUUUGAAUGUAUUAAAUUUACAUUGAAUAUAAUAGAAAUUUCCUGUA